GCACUCGAACCGACAGAUCGGAUUGCACGGCACUCGCUGCUCGUUUCAGUUGUUGCCCGUCGAUCGCGGACUGCGGAAGUGUUGACAUCACUGACAUCCUCGCACCGGACUACAUUGUCCACCCUGAGCCUUAUCCUUACCACACAGCGGUAGUGAAAACCCUGCGGUCACGAGCCAUGGAGAUCCGAGUGGGAGUGGGCGAUCUGCUGAAGAUGGGCACCAAGCUCAUUGGCCACAAGAUCGUCCAGUACCGCCUGGCCACCAAGCAGACGAAGGUGGUCUGCACCAGGGACGGUCAGGUGCGCGGACUCCGCCGCAGGACGCUGUACGACGACGAGCUGUACUUCGCCUUCGAGGGAAUCCCCUUUGCGCAGCCGCCGGUGGGCGAGCUGCGGUUCCGAGCCCCCCAGCCACCACGCCCCUGGCUGGGAGUCAGGGAUUGCACCUACCCGAGGGCCAAACCCAUGCAGAAGCACUUCGUGCUCAGCAUCGUCGAAGGCAGCGAGGACUGCCUGUACUUGAACGUUUACUCCAAGCGGCUGAGAUCGGACAAACCACUGCCCGUGAUCGUGUGGAUAUAUGGCGGUGGAUUCCAGAUCGGCGAGGCCGGUCGCGACUUCUACAGUCCGGACUACUUUAUGCAGCAAGAUGUGGUCGUUGUCACAUUUAACUACAGAGUGGGCGCACUGGGUUUCCUCAGCCUCGCGGAUCGCGAUCUGGAUGUGCCCGGCAACGCUGGCCUCAAAGACCAAGUAAUGGCCCUCCGCUGGAUCAGCCAGAACAUAGCCCAGUUCAACGGAGAUGCCCAGAACAUAACGCUGGUGGGCGAGAGUGCGGGGGCGGCAUCCGUGCACGUGAUGAUGACCACGGAGCAGACGCGCGGACUGUUCCACAAGGCCAUCAUGCAGUCGGGCUCCAUGUACUGCGAGUGGGCCAACGAGCCGAGGGGCAGGUGGGCGUACCGCCUGGCCCGCCAGCUGGGCUACACGGGGAGCGAGAACGAGAAGGAGGUGUUCCGCUUCUUGCAACGAGCGCCCGCCACCGAGAUGGCCGCCCAGGGAAUCGGCCUCGUCUCCCAGGAGGAACGGCGCGAGUACGUCCUGUUCCCCUUCACGCCCGUGGUGGAGCCCUAUGUGACGGGGCACUGCGUGCUGCCCCGCUCCCACAGGGAGAUGCUGCCGGCCGCUUGGGGCAACGACCUGCCGCUAAUCCUGGGGGGCAACUCCUUCGAGGGUCUCUUCUCCUACCAGUCCAUCCUGCACGACGAGGAGCACAUGCUGAGCGCCUUCGAGGCCUUGAUGCCGCGUGAGAUCAGGCAGCGGAGCUCACAGUCGCAGCUGAAGGAUCUGCUGCGUCAGUUCAAGGUGGACCAGUUCGAGGACCCAACUCGGGGGCGCAUGGAGUUCAACGAGUGCCUGCAGAUACUCUCCGCCAAGCACUUCUGGCACGGCAUCCAUCGCACCGUCUUGGCCCGCCUCCGACAAGCCCCCACCACGCCCACCUACCUGUACCGCUUCGACGUGGACUCGCCCCACUUCAAUCACUUCCGGCAGGUGAUGUGCGGCAGACACGUUCGCGGGGUCAGCCACGCCGAUGACGUCUCCUACCUGUUCUAUCACAUCCUGGCCAACAAGGUGGAGAAGUCCUCGCUGGAGUACCAGACCAUCCAGAGGCUGGUGGGGAUGUGGGUGGCGUUCGCCCGCAGCGAUAAUCCCAAUUGUCCACAGAUUAGUCCGACCAGGUGGGAAGCCUUGGCGGAAAAAGGUCCGCAGAUGUGUCUCAACAUAGGGAAACAGCUGGAGUUUAUGGUGCUGCCGGAGUCAAAGCAAAAUCGGAUUUGGGAUAGCCUUUACCCUAAACACGACUUGUUAUAGGUGGGAGGUUGGAUAAUUUGUAAAUAAAUCGCAACUGGCUGUUGCCACUAAUAAAACUAGACCAAAGGAGGUUUUUGAAAUUUAAUACAUCAAAUGUCAUUUGCUUAACAUGAAAAUAAAAAUAUAGUAAAAUUGUAGAUAAACCUUAAAAAUGUUAAUUUCUUUAGCAAAAUACAAAAAUGUC